CUUAGUGACGUCAUUACCGAGCGCUGGGCCGGACGGCGGGCGGGCGGAGGCGCCAUGCUGAGCCGGCUUCAGGAGCUGCGCAAGGAGGAGGAGACGCUUCUCCGGUUGAAGGCGGCCCUGCACGACCAGCUGAACCGGCUCAAGGUCGAAGAACUAGCCCUCCAAUCAAUGAUUAGUUCUAGGAGAGGGGAUGAGAUACUCUCUUCUAAACCUGCACCUGAACAGUCACAUGAUCAGAUGUUGGUGCAUGUAGACAAUGAAGCAUCAAUCAACCAAACUGCACUGGAGUUGAGCACAAGGAGCCAUGUGCCCGAAGAGGAGGAGGAGGAGGAGGAGGAGGAAGAAGAAUCAGAUUCCUGAAGCAGAGUAGGGAAGAGCCCAGCUUAGAGGAAUUAAGUUUCUACAUCUCAGGAACUUUUGUUUCUUCAAAAAAAAUUCUUUCCAUAGGCCCUCUGGCCUGCUUUACAAGGAAGAACUUUAGGAUGUGUAGUUGUGAAAAUGGUUCCAUCAAGAACUCAAGUUUCAGAACGCUUUGACAAAAAUUAGUGACAUACGGAAAAGCAGAGCUGCAGUGUCUUAGCAUUGAGCAAUAUGGGUGGUGCUGUGACUGUAUUAGUAAUUAUGCUCAAAACAAAAUUUCCUCUAAAAUGCUGUUGAGAAAGUCUGGCAUUUGCACAAAGGGCAGAGUUUAAAUACAAGUCAGCCUUUCCAGUCAACAUUGCCUCUUAAGAAAACCAAUUAAAGGCUGUCUGCAUGCCACUGAGCCAUUGUGAGCAGAGCAAGGCCACAGUUUAGGAGAGAAAGAUGACAAGUGAGGAGCACAGAGGGCCACUAGAGAACACAAGCUGCCGCCACCUCUCAGUGGAGCAGGUAGGAAUACUGUGCUGCGGAGGGCUUUGUAGGGCUGCCAUCAUAGGUAGGUUGAGAUAUCACAAUGUUUAGUAAAAUGUGCUUAGAAACAAAGUACAGAUAAAGAGCUGUCAUGCAGCUUCCUGGUUUCCAGAUAGUAACAGAGAAAAGGAUUAGUUCCUCCCCUGGGGCAAAAAAUACAGCAGGAUGGUUUAAAACCCAUUGCUGGACUUAGGAAAUGUGCUGUUAAAUCACUAUGCCUGGGAGAUUGGGGUUUUGUAAUAAUGACAGUUACAGAAUAACAGUUAUUAAAACUUAGUACUUGUAGUUGAGAUUCACUUAUGCAUACUAUCCCUCUUCCAGUGAAUAUACAGUUAAGUAGUUGCUUAAUUUUAUAAAAUUUGCCCUGCCCAAGCAACAGAAAAGCCAAACAACACAAAGAAUCUCCUCAAGCAAAACUUCUUUUGUAACUGUUCCAGAAAAGAAUAUGAGUAUAUUUAUUAAUCAACAUUUCAUUAAAGUUAUUUUGAGCUACUCUUAAA